AGCCUUACUGUGCCUCAGUCAUCAUCACACUGGCAUACUGUAUGCUCCCACCAAUCUACUAUUUGUGCAGUUCAAUCUUGUCGCGCGCAAUUGAUUUAUCAUUCAAUUUAAUCAUUACACGAUUAUUCCGUGAAGUUUUUUUAAUGCUGGAAUUGUGACAAUUAUUUUUAUUUAUUAUUCAUUGAAAUAUGAAUCGCUGCAUUGUUUUAAGCUGCACCAUUGUUUUCUUAUUGGGACCAGUUUUGUCAACACCAGCCCCCACAACCGUCCGUCUAAAUGACGAGUGCUACCGGGAUCGAGACUGCGAGACGAGCAUUCUCCACAGCCGCUGUCAUCACGGAUACUGUCGCUGUCAAUCAUUCUUUGCGCCUUACAACGAGACGACUUGCGUCAAAUCAACUCUCUUGGGAAACGACUGCGUUGUGCCAGAGCAGUGUUCCAUGAAAGUGGCCAACAGCAGUUGUCUAGCGGGUGUAUGCAGAUGUCAAGAGGGAUUUCUCCAGUUCAGGAAACACACAUGUCUAGCACCUGCUCGACCGGGUCAGGUGUGCUACAGCCACGAGCACUGUCGUCUCUGGGAGAAAGACACCCAUUGUGAUUUUUUAAUACCAGAAUUAUUCGGUCGAUGUCAGUGUACAGCCCCCAUGAAAAGGGAUGGAAAUGUGUGUCGUCCCAAUUCCCUUGUAAUCCCUCCAUCACCAACAGCAAGUUCUUCAACGGUCGACUAUGUUCCUGAAGAGGACACCAAUGAGGAAUCCAAUGACGACACAACUGAUUCUGGAUUUCACCUGUCCUGGCUGAAGAAUGCAACAAAAUUAUUAUCAACAACGGCGGCAACUCCAAAAAUUCCAGUCAAUAUGGUAACAAGACCAAUGUACCGAUCACCAAACCCGCACAACGGUGACACCAAUGAACUCCCAGAUGAUCAUGAUGCCGUGGUAAUCGAAGCUGACGUCAUCACUGAGCUGAUUCAGACAACAACAUUGGUUUCAGUACCAACAAAAGCCGAUCGUCACGAGGCAACAAUCGUAACACCAGUGAGCCUUGGAUUAUCAUGUAGCAACGAUCUCGAGUGUAGAAUGGCCGAUGCAAAUUCACGAUGCAUUUAUGGAAUAUGUGACUGCGCCAUUCCCCACGGAAAUAGUAGUGUAUCUUGUAAUGCUAAGAAAAGGGGAUGUUCGAGUGGUACGUUCCAAUGUCGCGGAUCGGGAGCGUGCAUCAGUUGGUUCUUCGUUUGUGAUGGAAGACCAGACUGUGGAGAUGGAUCUGAUGAAGAGUGCGCUCAUGGAAGUUGUCCUAGUCAGGCUUUUAAAUGUGGAAAGAGCGGAGUGUGCGUUUCCAGGGCUGUCCAGUGCGAUGGAAGAUUGGAUUGUCCUCAUGGAGAGGAUGAAGAAGGAUGCAAAGAUCGCCGAAGAUGCCCAGAAGGAUCGUUCAGGUGCAACGACGGCCAAUGUCUUCCCGCAUACGAGUUCUGCAACGCUGUUGUCUCCUGCAGGGACCAAAGUGAUGAGCCCCGGACUGCGUGUCGCACACGUAAUCGAAGUCGACUAUCUGCGAGAAGUUGUCCUUUUCGCUGUGCAAAUGGACGUUGUCGCUCAGAUGCAAUUACUUGCAGUGGGCGGGACGGCUGCGGUGAUGGAUCUGACGAACUUAAUUGCUCAGUCUGCAAGUGUCCCGCAGUUGAAUAAACCAAAGAUCGACAGAAUCAAUCAUUCAACGAAGAUUAGUACAUCAUAAAUAUUCACUUAAGUAUUAAAAUGACUAAUUCAUUGCCAGGUAGCUAAAUGUAAAUCACAGUAAUUAUAGUAAACUUAUUCAUAAUGCGCUAUUUGUAGAAAUAUAGUGAUUAUAUAUUAGUUUAAAUUGAGGAAUGAUUAGGUAAGGAAUCGAAUAUUGGAGAAGUGAAGUACGCGUAGUUGAUUUAAAAGUAAGGCCGAUGGAUUAAUUUCUUAUAAAAAAUUUUGAAGAAAAUUUUCAACAUGUUUUUCGAAAAUGAGAACAGUAUUUCUUUAAAUAGAUUCUUCAAUCAUUUCGUAAUGACAUAUAUGUCCUAAUGACUCAAAUAAUUUGAGCACUUCAAGGCACAUUUAAAAUAGACUGUUGAAAGACAUUUUCAAAUUCUCUUAUUUUAUUAAAUUAAAACUUGAGAAAUUAGAUUUUUAUCCAUUUAAAUUUUAGUAAAUUUUUGAAGGCGUGAAGACUGUAUUU